UAAAGUUUCAACGCGUCCUUCAGUAUGUCCUCCACAGCUACCAUCAGGAGGUAAAGAAAGUCAUAGAUGCGGCUCAAGGUAGCUGGGAGAGGUUCAAGGACGGGAUGCAGAGGAAAUACCGCCUGGGAAACGGGUUGUUGACUAGCACGGACCUUGAAGCGAUGAACAAAGAGGAUUUUACGACUAUAGGGGCCUUUGUUCAAGAAUUUAAGAAGAGGGCGCGGAAGGUCCAUGGGAUUUCGGAGGAAGCACAGUGCGCCAUCUUCCUGGGGCUACUCACAGCAUCGGCGGCCGUCGAAUUGAUGAGAGAUGGAGGAGGUAGCACUAAGCUCACCUGGGCCACCAUUGACAGAGGGGUGGAAGUUGGGUGCUUGGACCAGGUGGAACAACGUCAGGUACGCCUGCAAAGACAGAAGAGAAAGGAAAGAGAUGCGACCGCUUCUGGGACCCCAGGAGUAACAAGGAUUGUUACAGACGUAUUGGCACAGCUAGGGUAUGCGACAGAACCGGUGGUGCAAAGGAGGGUGGUGACGGCUGUUAAAGUAAAAGGAAAAGAGUCAGUGAUAGAGGAGGCUGGUCAGGAGGAGCUCUGGGAAGAGGAAGAGCCCGUGCCGCAGCACCUGACGAAGGUCCAGCGCAAAGUGCGUAAUUUAGCGCAGGGCGGACAGGGAUCAGGAAAAGCGCAGGCGCAUCAGGCCCAGGCAGCAACCCCUUUAAAUGUGGCGGCUCCAUCAUCUACUACGGGCCCCUCGCAAGGUGCGGCGCCCUCCUAUGGACAGUGGCCCUGGCCGGUGAUCAACGCGAUUGUGCCAUGGGGAAGCACACCGCCAGUAGCCGGACUGCAAACGAGUAUGCCACCACCCAUCUACCCCGCGGCCGAGGCCCAACCUGUGGCCCCGCCACCGUCACCUGAUCCCAGUUCACAGGGCAGUGUUGUAGGAGGUGGGAACCAGGGGCAGGGCAAUCAAGGCAGUGAAGGGAGGGGUGGAGGAAAGGGGCGAGGCAGGAAUGGCGGCGGAAGAGGAAGGCAAUGGAAUGGCCAAGGCCAGGGGUACCAAGGCCAAGGGAGUYAAGGCCAGGGGUACCAAGGCCAAGGGAGUCAAGGCCAGGGGUACCAAGGCCAAGGGAGUCAAGGCCAGGGGUACCAAGGCCAGGGGUACCAAGGCCAGGGCUAUCAAGGCCGGGGGGAUCAGGAAAGUCAGGGUGAGACGGAAGAGGCCAUAAUCAUCGAGUCAGAUGACGAGGAUGAGGAGGAAAGAACGGAGCCUCUGUCCGUCUUAUUUGAGAAGAUGGAGGACUUGCUGGAUAAGAUGGGGAGGUACCAACAGAAGUUGGUAGGCCUCUGUGAAGGAGUGAAAGGAUGGAAGUCUAAUGUCCCCAUAGUAUUCCUCUAUGACUCCGGCCCGGAGUCAGCGCCUGGGCGACCCGGAGUAAAUGUGGUGGGGUCGUGCCCUCAACCAGGAAUGAGGGGGAGACCCCUCAUUCCGCAGGCCCGGCUGAAACAGGCAGCGCGAACGAGAAAUCAACCCAAGGCCAGUACCAGCCAAGAGCCUCCAAGGGGGAAACACGAACCAGGGAGAAGGAAAGAGGCUGUGGAAGUAGAGGACGAUGAUGAUGAAGAGGAAGAGGACGAGAGGCUGCGCAGAGAAGAGGAUCAGAGAGCGGAGCAGCGGGCAAGGAAAAAGGGAACCAGGGGAGAAGCCGAACCGGUCAUACAUGACGGACCGCCCAAAAAGAAGAAAUACGCGGUCCGGUUGGAAGAGGGAUUUGAUGUAGAGAAGGUGAUUGACCGGCUGCUGGAAGGGCAUAAUGACCUCAUGACCCUGAAGGAAAUCCUUGCGUCAGCCCCGCGACUCCGCGAUGAACUUAAGGGGAGGUUAUCACGGCGCCUGGUGCACAAUGUCCAUCUGGGUACGAUCCUGCCCAAGGAGGCAGAGUCAGGUACGAAGAUGGACUGGAAGUGCGUAGCCUGCGGUACGGUGGAUUUGAUGGUGAAGGGUUCCAAGUGCGCAACAAUGGUGGACACCGGGGCGGAGAUGAACAUUAUUCGGGAGGCGGACACGAUCAGAUUCGAGCUGGAUAUAGACCGUUCUGACUGCGUUAUUCUGCAUGGAGCCAGCUGUAAGGCCAUGUUUUGCGGGACAGCCUCGAAUGUGCUCGUCGAGGUUGGAAAGGUGAAGACCAGGGCAUGUUUCUUCAUAAUGCCAGACGUGGACCAUGGAAUCCUCCUGGGAGAUCUGGAUGCCAUCCAGGCCUUGAGGGAACAAGUUCUCGAAUGCCCUGAGGCAGGAAGGUUGGAACUUGUAUAUCGGCUCCCGGGCAGUAGAGGGAACCCCGCAUCAGCGCAAACACAAUCCGUGAGUUGGCCUUUUUUUAGGGGACGGCUCAAGCAGGGUUCUCAAAGGCGGUACAAGACGGUAGAUAAGAAGUGCCGCCCGGUACCCGUCCUCGUUACAGAGGACGAGGAAGCAUAUUACGAGAGGGAACGAGGGUUGAUUCGACAAAUGAGGGAAAGUGCUUUAGCAGGGCCAUGUCGUAUCAACGAAGGGAACGAGAAGGAGUUGAUCAUAGGGGAGUCUGAUUUCCUGCUGCCUCAGGAGCGAAUGCUGAUGGUGGAAUUAAUGAAGAGGAAGCAUUGCGCCUACGCGUUUAGUGACGAGGAGCGUGGCAGACUGGAUGUAGAUAAGAUACCUAUGAUCCGCAUCCACACCGUGCCACACGAGCCUUGGAACAUGAGAGGGACGCGAUAUCCCAAUCCUGACGAGGAAAGGAAGGUGGUGGAUUAUCUCGACGACAAGAUACGUACUCACGUCGCUGACUAUUCAAGUGGACCAUAUGCGUCCCCGUGGUUCUGCUUUAUUAAGCCUAACGGGACGCUGCGGUGGGUGCAGGAUUUACAAAGAUUGAAUGCAGUGACCGUGCGAGAUGCUGGAGGACUGCCGAAUGCAGACGCGCUGUCGGAAUCCUUUGUUGGAAGACCUAUAAUUUCGCUUAUAGACCUUUACUCAGGAUACGAUCAGUUCCCAGUCUACCCGCCGGAUAGGCCGGUGACAGCUAUGCACACGCCGGGAGGAUUAGUCCACAUGAACGUGGCCCCACAAGGGUGGACGAACGCAGUAGCAAUGGUCCAACGCGCCAUGAUUCGGGCCAUGAUUCGGGUCAUGCAGUCAGUCAGCCUCCAUAUCACACAGCCAUACAUUGACGAUUUGGCAGUGAAGGGGCCGGCGAUGAAAGAGAGCGACGAAGUCUCACCAGGGGUAAGGCGCUUUGUCUGGAAACACAUUCAGGACCUCGAAAAGGUCCUGAGCCUGCUCGAAGAGCAUAACCUCACGGCAAGCGGGGCCAAAUCCAGACACUGCAUGAGGGAAGCGACUAUCUUGGGGAUAGUCUGCAAUGAGAAGGGCCGAAGGCCGGAUGUGAAGAAGACGGACAAGAUUACUGAGUGGCCAGUUCCGUUCCACUCAAUAACUGAUGUCAGGAGCUUCCUUGGUACGUGUGGAUUUUGGAGGGCCUUCGUCAAGAACUUUGCCGCUAAGACUGAACACCUGAGGAAGUUAGUCCGUCAGGAUCAGAAAUGGGUAUGGGGUGAGGAACAAGAAGAGGUGGUGGCAAAAAUGAAAGAGGAAUUCCGAGAAGGAGGGUUGGUGUUAGGAGCGCCAGAUUAUGACGCCACAGAAACGCGACCCUUCAUUGUCGAAACGGAUGCGGGACCGACCGCUUUAGGGGGAGUUCUAAUACAGGCAGACAUGGAAGGAAAGGAAAGACCCUUGCGAUUUGAGAGCUGGACUCUCAGUACGACAGAGAGGAACUACACUCAGUUCAAGAGGGAGACCCUUGCUGUCCUCCACUGUCUGCGAAUCUUCCGGAACUCGCGACACUGCCAGUAGCAUCGGCGGGCUCAGUCGUACCUUUAGCAGUAGAGGAGGGGCUGCCACCAUCCAGCAGUGAGCCGGCUCAGGGCUCAGU